AUGAGGUUCAGGGCUAACACUUUUGGCUGGUAUUAUGAGUUCUGUCCAACUUGUAACAAAACAAAUCAAACUCCCGGCUCCCAAUUCCAGCGCAACUGUUUUAAUAACAGUUCAACCCAUAUAACUAAGUAUAAAAUUGAGAUUGAGGUGGAACAUGAACCCAAUACUGUUAAUUUUGUUUUUUGGGACAAGGAAUGUAUUCCUUAUGUUGGGAUGUCGUCUCAUGCUCUAAGACAGAUCAUGAAAAAGACAAACAAGGAUCAUCCAAGUAUUUAUACCGAACACCUUGACCAUCUUUUGAAGAAGUUUUCUUUUCGUGUCAAAUACCAGCCUUACUACAAACGAGCUUCUGUAGUAAGACUAACUCAAGAUCCUGAGGGUUUUCUAACCAUCCCUAACAACGAUGAAUCUGCUAAGGGAAAGGCAAUACUCUGCCUUGAAGACAACAAUAUCGUGAACACAUCUCAGGCUUCUCUAACCAUCCCCAAUGAAGAUGAAUGUACUAAGGCAAAGGCCAUUAUCCACAAUGAAGAAUACAAUGCUAUGAACAAGGAUAAACAAGUAACUAAUUCAAAAGCAACCCCUUCCGCUGUUAGGAUUCCACUUUCAGAAAUAUCAGUGGCAAGUAUUUCUCAUAUAAAUAAUGGAACUACGGAACAUAGCCAACCUUCUCGAUCUAAAAACGCUCUUCACAAUCCACCAAAAGUCUUGGACAUUAAUAAAAUGGGAACAAACUUACAUUCAAGUUUCUCCACUAUUGCGACAAAACCAGGGAUAUAA